AUGAAAAGUUCACAUGACUUGGAACAAGACGUGCGCGAUACGUGUAAUAGACUGUUCAUGUUCGUAUCUCCACUCUCAUACACUGCUGCCUGGACUGCAGAGAAACUGACCUGCCCAACUAGCUUGAAACGCGCAAAGGCUGCUGCAGAGAAGAGGGAGCGUACAGCAGCAAAACAUGAGUGGCUAUCAGCAACAGAGAAGAAGACGGAAGUGCAGGCGAUGCAAGAGCUACUGCCUAUCGAGCUUCGCGAGAUGAUAUAUGCACAAGUCUGGAAUGUGGAGUAUCUCAACUCCACAAGGCAGCCAAGACAGCAGUCCGGUCCUCCCGGCCACUCCGAUCCGAGGUGCCAUACACAUGUCGUUCGGCCCAACUUCAUGGGCAAAGAGACAGCCCUGGAAAUGGCGCGGGCAUGGUACGAAGCAGCAUCUACACUUACACCAGACACCUUCACAAUCUCCGAUACCCGGGAGUUGAUCCAACAAACCAUAUGUGAAGACCUGUUUCAAGUCGGCCUAGACCCAGCAACCGUCCUCCGGACUCUCACCAUCGAUUUCAACGAAACCACGUCUAGGCUCGCUAGUCCGUAUUGCAAGUGGCCAGACGCAGAUACACGUCGGAAGUCUUUUGAUCUUCUCCACCGGCUCAAGAAGAAAGCUGGUUUCCGACUCAACUUUCGUAUAUGCGCUCCCAAGUUCCGAUUGAACUGCUGGCCCGACUUCUUCGAUCUCAUGCAACCAAUAGUCAAGACCUUCGACAAUGACGGAGUCAUCGUCGACGUCCAGGCUAUUCAUUGUAGUCGGGGCCCUCAUCCGAUGCCAUAUGCCUAUGUGGACCUCAACAAAAUCGUGAGAGGCUAUGAUCCAAACACAUGGAAGCAGGGCGUAAUCGAAUAUCUGGACUCGGUAAUACUGGCCCUCUCAUGCCGAGUUCAUCUCAUCUUCAUGCAAGUACGGCGCUAA